AUGUGUUGGGUAAAGAAGAAGAAGAAGAAGAAGAAGAAGAAGAAGAAGAAGAAGAAGAAGAAGAAGAAGAAGAAGAAGAAGAAGAAGAAGAAGAAGACGAGGAAGGAGAUCAGCGGCGGCGGCGGCGGCGGCGGCAGCGGCGGCAGCAGCAGCCUGAAACCUAACUUACUGCGGACGUCAGUACAAGAGGGUCUAAAGCCCACAUGGUACGGCCUAGUUCCCAGCCAAGGGAACACACUGCCAUCGCACCGUGAGACCGCUGUAAGUCAGAAGGCGUGACUCCAGCCUAGCCAUGGACACAGCCCACCCCCUCCUCUCCCCCUUCCCACUGCCACCAUUGUCAAAAGACAAAACUGCUCAGUUGUUCUUGUGCUUUGAUAGUCCCCUGUCCUAGGGCCCAUGCUAGUACAACUACCGUUACGGUGAUCAAGUGUUCUUCUCUGCAACAGCAUAAAGUAGUAGCUCACACGAAUGAAGCCUCACUAUAGUCCGUAUUUCUUGCAAGCAUAUAUUAUUUUCAAAUUUUCUGGCUGUCUGAAUUUCCCUGAUUUUCCUCUAGUCUGCUUCAUCCUACCACGAUAUGUAUGCAGCGCUGACAGGUGCCGAUUUUUGUUUUUGUUAAAUAGUCGUGGCGGGGGUAAAUGUACACUCCGGAAGGGAAGUCGAUGAGCUGCUGGCGUAGAUUUGCAGCACAACAACACAUGAAGUAGUCGCUGAAUGCAAAAGUGUUGAGCGGGACGCCUGUACUGCAAAACAGUUUGACCUCAGAUGUACCCAUGUCUGAUGUUUUUACUCCUGUAGUCAGCAGUGCCAAUCACGCGGUGAGCAGUCUGCAACCUUCGGCACGUGCAUCCGAGCCGACGCGCACUGCACCGUGUCUGGCUGGCCGACCAAUAGGAUUUGUCAGCGCCUGAGUCGCGUGGUUUAUGAGUAGACUAGCGCGCAUUGACGCAAGGCAAGGUAAAGAGUCUUUGUUCUGCUACCUCGGUGAAGGCUAUCGCGGUGGCUCAAAAUAGACGUACCUUUGGCAGAAAAUGCAGAGAAACAGUGGAGCCCAGCUGAAUUUGGCUUUGGCUACAUCUCGGUUACCUAGUAGCUACUGCCCACUGGGUCAUCUCAGGAGUCUGGGGCACAAGACAAAUGACAAACCAAUUAAUUGAUGAAACGCAAGAGGAAAGAGAAUAAAGAGAAGGAGGAGGAGGAGG